CCCGCCUCCCCCCACACGCUACCACUGGCCGCUGCAAGUUGGGCAUGUGGUGGCGCUACCAGCCGACGGCCGCCGUCACUUUGCUAUAAGCGUGAGGGUUUGUGGCUGAGUAGUUAUUAGAUAGACCAAGGAAAAUACUGGGCGCGCGGGUGUAGCAUCUGCGGGAGAGGAGCGGCCGGGCAUGGAGCUCGAUGAGGAGACGUUCUUGGACGAGCUCAUGUCGCUGCGGCGGGAGGCGUCGGCGUCGGCGCCGUGGCAGGGCUACCAGCCCGGAGGCGGCGUGAUGAUGAGCGACCUCCUCUUCUACGGCGGCGAAGCAGGCGCCGACGCGACAAGCAGCGGCGGCAUGGACCUGUCGCCGUUCCAGGAGCUGGCGCCCAUACAGCCGGUGGCGCCACCGCAGCGCCCGCACGAGGACUUCAACUUCGACUGCCUGAGCGAGGUAUGCAACCCUUACAGGAGCUGCGUCGCCGUUCCGGAGGAGGCGGCGCCCGGACAGACGCUCGUCGCUCCUCUCCACGACGCCAUGGCGGAGGAGGAGACGAGCGGUGACAAGGGACUGUAUUAUGGAGGCGGGGGGUCCCCGACGUUCGUGUUCGGAGGAGGCGCCGGCGAGAGCUCGGAGAUGGCCAUCAUCAGGGGUGUCGGCGGCCCACACCACAGGAGCAAGCUCCACGGCGCGCCGUCAAAGAAUCUCAUGGCUGAGAGGCGCCGGAGGAAGCGCCUCAACGACCGGCUCUCCAUGCUCCGUUCCAUUGUUCCCAAGAUCAGCAAGAUGGACAGGACAUCCAUUCUUGGGGACACCAUUGACUAUGUGAAGGAGUUGACAGAGCGGAUCAAAGUCCUCGAAGAGGAGAUCGGCGCCUCGCCCGAGGACCUGAACCUUCUGAAUACCUUGAAAGAUUCGUCCAACAGUAGCAAUGAGAUGAUGGUGAGGAACUCCACCAAGUUCGACGUCGAGAAUCGUGGAGACGGGAAUACGAGGAUCGAGAUCUGCUGCCCGACAAACCCCGGGGUGCUGCUGUCGACGGUAAGCGCGCUGGAGGUGCUGGGGCUGGAGAUCGAGCAGUGCGUGGUGAGCUGCUUCAGCGACUUUGGCAUGCAGGCCUCUUGCUUACAAGAGGACGGGGAGAGGCAAGUAAUAAGCACCGAAGAGAUAAAGCAGGCAUUGUUUAGGAGUGCUGGCUAUGGAGGGAGGUGUCUCUAGCAGGUCGAAAUUUCAUCCAGGUCAUAUAAUUAAGUUGCAUGAUGAUCGAUUGAUGAUCCUUCUUGUUCUUGAUGCCUUGCUCCAUGAAUUAGUAUAGAGCUAGUGUUCACCUAUGAGUGCAGUAUGGUUUAUCUGAAUCCCAGCAAAUUAAAGAUUUGCUCAGGUAUUGUAAGUUGAUCAUUUCUUGUGGUUUGUAUCACUUUGGAUCAUGGUUUGUAUGUGGAUUGAUAUUUUGAUGUAUCGCGCGACAUGGUUUGGUUAAAUGCCAAGAAUCCGGAUUGUUUCUUAUGCAA